CGUUAUCGUGACUGGUGGCGCCUCCCCACCCAACCGACAAGAAGAUAGUUCCGGGUUUGUUUUCCAGCCGAGAGCUGCUCGCCACUGCUGCUUGUGUUCCAGCGUUCAUACGGCAGGACGAUAUAAUGUCUCUUUUACUGGAUAACCAAUUCAAAGAGCUGCCUCCUGACAACUCUGUAGACACAAAGCAGUUCCUGGAGGCCGUCUCUCAUCUUCCGUCAUUUUUUGACUGCUUGGGAUCAAAAGUGUUUACAAUCAUCAAAUCAGACAUUAAUGGGAAUAUAAUGAAAAUCAAAGCAGUAUAUCUUAAGGAUCCUGAGAGGUAUGUUACCCUGCAGCACAUACUGGAGGCAGAGCGGGAAGACCAUGCAGCAGAAUGGCCUAAAGUUGGUGCAACAUUAGCUCUGAUGUGGCUGAAGAGGGGUCUCCGUUUCAUACAGAUCCUGCUGCAGAGUUUGGCAGACGGAGACAGAGAUGAGAACAACCCCAACCUAAUUCGGGUCAAUGUCACCAAAGCCUACGAACAUGCACUGAAGAAAUACCACGGCUGGCUUGUUCAAAAGAUUUUCAAUACGGCGUUAUAUGCAGCUCCCUACAGAUCGAACUUCCUCAAGGCUCUAUCAAAAGGAGAGGAAGUGAAAGACGAAGACUGUCUGGUAAACGUGCGUCAGUUCCUGGUGAACUACACUGCUACUGUUGAUGCCAUCUACAACAUGUACACAAAUCUCAACGCAGAGCUGGACUACACCGUUUGAUUACCCGGGACACAACUGGACUGGAGGCGUAGGAGCGUCCUACAUCAGUAUCCUGUCCGGCAUCCCUCUCAGGUGUCGGGCUAGUCCAGUAUUUUAAAGUUUUUUCUAAUGAGAUUGUUUUAUUUUUUUCCUUCCAGUGUGAUAUUUAUUGAUUUGAUUAUGCCUUACUAAAUAUUAAUUCUGUAUAUUUGGUUUUAAAAUUAUGCAUAAGGUUUUUAUUCUUGUAUAUAAUUUCAAGUAAUUGCAGGAUUGUUGCAACAACAGUGCAGCUCUUUCUCUUUUACAGGAUUAUGUGAUUGUGUGGGUUGCUGCUUUGCUUGUGACACAAAGAACACAACAAUGUAAACAUUGUUAUUACAGGUUACGUAGAAAUUGCUGUUAAUAUCUCAGAUUCAGAUGUUCUCUGCCUCCUGAGGCCUGGAGUUACCUCCACUGUUAACCUGGGAGCAGCAGUCCCAUUUUAAAAUUUUAACAGUCCAUUUAGUGCCUUAGUGUUACUGAAUAAAAAACAUAAUGUUUCCAAAUUACCAUUCAUAUAUUGGCCUGCAAUUCUGUUUUACCCACAAGACAACAGCGAGCAGAGCCAGAACUUUUUUUUUUUUCUUCUUCUUCUGAGGGCUUUACCUGUGUGGAGUUUGUGGUGUGUCUGUGCUUACUUGGUGUGGAGGGUGUGGUUGUUUUGUUUGUAUUGUUCUGUGAUUUCUUCUGAAGUUAUUAAUGUCCCAACUGACCUAAUGUCACAAACAUUUUAUCAAAAAAUAUAUUUUUUAUUACAGGAGACAGCACGUCAUGUGCACAUUUAUUAAUAGCUUAUUCAUUGGAUUGACAUUUUCUGUAUGAAUACUUGCUGUUUAAUUCUGGAUAUAUUCAGCUAUGAUUAAAUUUCUUAUCACAACAUGUUGAUGUCUGACUAAAAAUUUUAAAAAGUGGUGAAACAGUUUAAUGAUUCCAACCAAUAAAAUCACACUUAGAGUUCAUGAAUUUUACUCUAGGUGGUGAUAUUUA